GUAAAUCGCCCAUGGCCCAUCUACCCACUCCCUCACCCACACCACACCUGGAGUACACACAUGUAUGUAUAAACAUGGUAGGUGUACUUGGAUGUGGAACAAUGGCAUCCUACAUAACAAUAAACGACUAGAGGGUGUGUAGACACUCGAGCCCAAAGUCAAGUGAGAUGUCGGCCUCGCUUCACGCCUGGGCGGGCUGGGGGCUCCCAACUCAGCAUCCAUGAUUAGCAUCGUCUGGAUGGAUGGAUUUGUACGUGUUCCGACCCCGGCCCCAGCCCCGGUCCAGCGUCAGUCAGAGGGUUCGGACAAGGGCAGAGCCAGAAUUGCGCCUUGGCCUCGCCUUUCGCUCGAAUGCUCCCAAAACCAACACCUGUCUGACAAAGUCCGCCAGCCAAACCGCACACUACCCCCAAACCAUUCGCUCACUGUGAUUCAUGUUGUUUGUUGAGGCUCGAGCUAUCAGCGCAGCGUGACCCACACGAGUCCCACCCUCGCACCGUCUGCAGCCGCAAACAUCCAAAGCUUAGGUAACCACAGCAUGCCUUGGAUUUGUCUUUCUGUUUCCGUCUCUGCCUUCAAUCGCGAAGCAGCUUACUGCUGCUAGUGCCCUGCUGCCGCCCGUUCUCGUCAGCCUGCAUCUCCGAUCAUCCGACAAGGCCAGCGACAAGCAUCCAAAUGUGCUACACAGUCUGACGCUAUCCAUUCGCGGCUGUGGCUAAGAGUCAAGGGAAUAAAAUUUCCCGACGCCCGCUGGGUGGCUGGCUAAGACAACAAAGAAGAAGAGAAGAAAAAAACAGACGAGGAGCAACCCCGAUGAUGCCACAUGCAGCGUAAUGAGGUGUAGUGUGAGUGCUAUGCUAUGCUAUGCUGUACUAUGAUAUGCUAUGCUGUGUAGUAGAGAGCCCCGCAGGACAAGCUAAUGCCAGAGGCCGAAUGAAGCCACGGCGGUCCCAACUCCCCCCAACGCCCCCCCAGCACGCCAGCAAAAGGCCAGCAGGGCAGCAGCAAGACAGCCAGCCAGCCAGCCAACCAGCCCGGCUGCUUGCGCGCGUCGCUGCCGCCAAGGCUCUUCUCCUCUUCCAUGCUGGCUUCCAUGCCAAGUGCUGUCCUGUACUGCGCUGUACUGCAAAAUGCUAUGGCCCCCGCGGCCCCGUGCACCGGCUGACUCUAUUGUUUGCCCCUACGCCUGGGGCCAGAGGCAAAUCACCGAAUUCUGUAUCCUAUCAUCUCGACCAUCUACACACACACACUCUGCAUUAGACGCGCGCGCGCCCUCCCGGUCCAUCCUGCCUCGUGUGCCGUAUUCCUCCUCCUCUGUCGUCUCUCCACCAACGUCGCUAUCCCAUCCAUUCCAUUCACCGUUUGAUUGCAUCCACCAUGGGAACAAUCACUCACCCUCCUCCCAUCAUCUUCGCCCAACCUUCUCUUGUUUCGAACAAACGGACCUCGCCCACAUACUCGCCAAGACAGGACCCACA